GUCACGGGCGGAGUUGCCUGUGGGAGGCUGGUGGUUUGAACAUGUCGCGCCAGCCUGGAGUUCCCGGGCGGCAUGCGCGAGCUGGUUUCAGGGCUGCGAGGGCAGACGAUAGUACUGCUGUACCCCAGGGGCUGUUAAAGGCGGCGAGGAAGAGCGGCCAGUUAAACUUGUCUGGUAGGAACCUCAGUGAAGUGCCUCAUUGUGUGUGGAGAAUCAACGUGGAUGUCCCCCAGGAGGCAAAUCAGAAUCUGUCGUUCAGCGCUGCCGAUCGGUGGUGGGAGCAGACGGAUCUGACCAAACUCAUCCUCUCCAACAAUAAACUCCAGACACUCUCGGAGGACCUGCGCUUCCUGCCUGCGCUGACUGUCCUGGAUAUACAUGAUAAUCAGCUCACAUCCCUUCCUUCUUCUAUAGAAGAGCUAGAAAAUCUUCAAAAGCUUAACGUCAGCCAUAAUAAACUGAAAACACUUCCUGGAGAAGUUACAAAUCUCAGAAACCUGAAGGGCCUGUAUCUGCAGCAUAAUGAACUAACAUGCUUGCCAGAGGGAUUUGAGAAGCUUUUCAGUUUAGAAGAUUUAGACCUUUCGGACAAUCGUCUUACAACUGUUCCUGGUAGCUUUUCUUCUCUACCCCGUCUGAUGCAACUCAAUCUUUCCAGCAACCAACUGAAGAGUUUGCCAGCAGAAAUAAGUAGAAUGAAAAAGUUGAAGCAUUUGGAUUGCAAUUCAAAUCUCCUGGAAACUGUACCUCCUGAACUGGCUGGCAUGGAAUCUCUAGAAUUGCUUUAUUUGCGAAGGAAUAAAUUACGUUUUCUACCAGAAUUUCUUUCUUGUAGACUAUUGAAGGAAUUGCAUGUGGGUGAAAACCAGAUUGAAGUGUUAGGGGCAGAACAUCUUAAGCAUCUGAGUUCUAUCCUUGUGCUAGACCUGAGGGGUAACAAGUUAAAAUCUGUUCCAGAUGAGAUUUCACUCCUACAGUCUUUGGAAAGACUUGACCUAAGCAACAAUGAUAUUAGUAGUCUGCCCUGUUCAUUGGGAAACCUUCAUUUGAAAUUUCUGGCACUGGAAGGAAAUCCUUUGAGAACUAUUCGAAGAGAAAUUAUAAAUAAAGGAACUCAAGAAGUCCUAAAAUACCUACGAAGCAAAAUCCAAGAUGCUGGACCUACCCACAGUGACUCUGCUCAGGAGACGACAGCCAUGACACUACCAAGCGAGUCCAGGGUUGGGGCCCACGCCAUCGCCACACUGAAGUCAUUAGACUACAGUGAUAAGCAAGCAACUUUGAUUCCUGAUGAAGUGUUUGAUGCAGUAAAAAACAAUACUAUCAUCUCUGUUAACUUCAGUAAGAAUCAGCUGUGUGAAGUCCCAAAAAGGAUUGUGGAACUGAAGGAGACAGCUAUUGAGGUCACUCUCGGUUUUAAUAAGCUCUCCUGUGUAUCCUUGGAAUUAUGCAUGUUUCAAAAAUUGACUUUUUUAGAUCUCAGGAACAAUUUUUUUGAUUCUUUGCCUGAAGACAUGAAACUCUUGAUAAAACUACAACUGAUCAAUCUUUCCUUUAACAGGUUCAAAGUUAUACCGGAAGUCCUGUAUGAUAUCCCCACGCUGGAGAUAAUUCUGAUUGGUAAUAAUCAGAUUGGGUCUCUGGAUCCUCAGAAACUGAUGACGAUGGAAAAUCUCUUGACGCUGGACCUUCAGAACAAUGACCUUCUACAUAUUCCGCCAGAGCUCGGUAAUUGUGUGCACUUGAGAACAUUAUUUCUAGAUGGAAACCCAUUCCGCGUCCCUCGAGCAGCUAUAUUAAAGAAAGGAACAGCUGCAGUACUGGAGUACUUGAGAAGCCGAAUUCCCAGUUAAAUGGAGAUAUUUUCUAACUUUGAUCAGUUUAAUUCUCACAGGGAUAUAGUAUUUUGUUUCAGUAUCAUCCUAAAGGUGAUUGCUAUAAUCGGUCUUAUAUUUCCCAGUGUCACUUAGCCAUUGGCGUCAUUGGCGUCAUUGGCCUGGGCUCUCUUCACUGUCACUGUUUCUUACUGACAUUUGUUUGACACUUUUCUAAGAUGUACUAAAUAUGUACAAUGGUGAAAACCACAUAGGGCCACGUAGUGUUCAGACUGUUAAAUGUUUUACCCAGGAUUUAUCCUGCUCAUAUUCAUUCCCUUAGUCUCAUAGGUACUUUCUUCAAAACUGAAUUGUUUUUUUGUGACAGGAUCUUGUAGUGCAGGCUGGCCUGGAACUCACUGCAAUCCUCCUGCCUCAGCCUCCCGAAUGCUGGGAUCAUAGAUGUGCGCUACCACACCCAGCCAAAAGUGAAUUUUUGUUCAAUAUGAUUUAUGUUUUUAUAAAAAAACAUUUUUGUAGAACUGGGUUUUUCCCCCUUCUUUCUUUUUGUA